UGCCCGGCGCUGCCGGCCGCCAUGGGGGAACAACCUAUCUUCAGCACCCGAGCUCAUGUCUUCCAGAUUGACCCAAACACUAAGAAGAACUGGGUUCCCACCAGCAAGCAUGCUGUUACUGUGUCCUACUUCUAUGACAGCACAAGAAAUGUCUACAGGAUAAUCAGUUUGGAUGGCUCAAAGGCAAUAAUAAACAGCACUAUCACCCCCAACAUGACAUUUACUAAAACAUCCCAGAAGUUUGGCCAAUGGGCAGACAGCAGGGCAAAUACAGUCUAUGGCUUGGGAUUUUCAUCUGAGCAUCAUCUUUCAAAAUUUGCGGAAAAAUUCCAGGAAUUCAAAGAAGCCGCACGGCUAGCAAAGGAAAAAUCACAAGAAAAGAUGGAGCUGACAAGUACACCCUCUCAAGAAUCGGCUGGAGGGGAUAUUCAGUCUCCUUUAACGCCAGAAAGCAUUAACGGGACAGAUGACGAGAGAGCUACGCCAGAAGUGACUCAGAAUUCAGAACCAAGGGCUGAACCAACCCAGAAUGCAUUGCCAUUUACCCAUAGUUCGACAAUCAGCAAGCAUUGGGAAGCAGAACUGGCCACGCUCAAGGGUAAUAAUGCUAAGCUCACAGCAGCCCUGCUGGAGUCCACUGCCAAUGUAAAACAAUGGAAACAACAGCUUGCUGCAUAUCAGGAGGAAGCAGAACGUCUUCAUAAGCGCGUGACUGAGCUAGAGUGUGUGAGCAGUCAAGCCAAUGCAGUCCACACACAUAAAACAGAAUUAAACCAGACAAUACAGGAAUUAGAAUCUACACUGAAGAAGAAAGAAGAGGAAAUCGAAAGAUUGAAACAAGAAAUUGACAAUGCCAGAGAACUCCAGGCACAGAGGGAUUCUUUGACCCAGAAGUUACAGGAAGUAGAAAUUCGAAACAAAGACCUGGAAGGCCAGCUGUCUGACCUAGAGCAACGUCUGGAGAAAAGUCAGAAUGAGCAAGAAGCUUUUCGCAAUAACUUGAAGACACUUUUAGAAAUUCUUGACGGAAAAAUAUUUGAACUAACAGAAUUACGAGAUAACUUGGCCAAGCUAAUAGAAUGCAGCUAAAGAAAAUGGGAUUUCAGUGCCAAUCAGCUUAAAGAUGCACUGUCUCUCUUCGUAGGACUUUGUUGGGCUCUGCAUCAAAGUUGCACAAAAUUAGAAAUGCUCCUCUGAGAGGGUUUGUUUUAAAUUUGAGUCAUAUUUCAAUGUAAAAUUCAGAACUCAGCUUGUAGCUAGCUGAAGAGAAAAAAAGAAACAACAAAAAGCUUGAAUUACAAAUUACCUCCUUGUACUUUAUUGGCCAUAGAUAACUUGAAUGGUAUUAACACUAAUUGAAUGCAAUCCUUUUCUAAUUAUCAGUGAUAGAAGAAUUACCAGUGUCCCAGAUACAUCUGUUUUUUGUGACAGACACAAUAUAGGCUAUCUUCUCUUUUAUUUAUUUAAUAUAUUUAAUUGCUAUGUUUUGUGCAAGAACUUACUGAUGACAGCCCUGUAUUUUGUUGUUAAUAAUUUCUCAGGAUUCUUUGUGCUGUGGAAAAACAGUGCCAUUACCAAUUUAUUCUUGCCAGGAGUGAGAGAAAGUUGCAUCUUUAAUUGAAACAAAGUUCCUAAUUGCUUGUGUGAAGUUAUUCUUUUUGGGUAUUUCAGUUGGUUGGUCAGCUGGUUUUUGUUUGUUUGUUUGUUUUUUUAAUCUAUAUAUAUACUGGGAUAUACCGUAUUUCUUUAUGGAGCUUACUCUGGUGUUCUACAAUAUUGUCCACUGUAAGGUUUACAUUAUCAUAUGAAUUCCUUGUAAUUACAGUGAAAUACUAUUUCCACUAAAUCUGUAUGUUGAAGCCAACCGAUGAUGGCAGGUGAGUCCCCGAGGAAAAAAAGGAGAAAAGGAAAAAUGAGAAUUUUAAAUGUAAGAUUUGACAUGCACAGAUAACGAGGAGCAGCUGGUCAUUUGCUGUCUGGCCUUGCUACAUAUUUCAAAUACCUAUGUCAAAUUAACUGUUAGCCUGUUCUGCAGGAGACUUUCUCAGAAUGUCACAUGAAUUUCAAAUUUUGUGAGUAAUGGCUUAUGGGGAGCAAUAUUUAUUAAGACUGCAUUAAGGGCAAGAGAUGUUGCAAGGGACUACUUGGACACUGAAAUUGUCCAGCCAAGAAAGGUGUUUGUAAAAUUUUUGCUGUCACAACAAGUUGAAAUGGAGACAUGUUUACUCUUUUAUGGGUCUUCAUAUCACAUCCUUAUUGAAACAACACCAGGCAGUAUUCACAACUGCUAACAGAAAGCUUAAAAACAGGAGAAAAUUGAAUCUUUAUCCUCAAUGAGCAGGUUUUAAAGUUGUUUUGAGGAAGUUUUAACAGACUUUUGGCAACCACACAUUUCUUUAUAUAAUAGAUUUACUUAAAAAAAACCAACAACAACAAAAACCAACUCCGGAAGGUAAGCCAAGUGUGACGUGUCUUGCUUCAAAGUACAUUCUUGCCAUAAACUAAUUGCUUAUGAUUUUGAAGAGGGCUUUUUUAAAAUGUAUGAAUGAGUGUCAGACUUCAGAGUUGAAAGAUGCACUGUUUGCUCCCCAGGUUUGUUUGAAUGUUAAACAUGAAAUCUAGCUGCUUAUAAAUUUGUACAACAUAAUUUUCUCCACUUAGAGACUGCUACUGAAAACUAGGAAAGAUAAGUUUGUUUUUGUGUGUAUUGUAUGUAAAUACCAUACAAUACACACAGGUUAUUUAUAUUAGAAAUACAUGCUUUAUUUCUAAAAUACGUUUUUUUUCUCUUUACCAGUGAUUUAUCAGGUGUCCCCUGACUAGUCAGGAAAGUGGUUUAGGUCAAAUGCUAAACCAUCAUGUAUUAUACUGUAUGUAAUGUACACAAUGUUUAAGUUUUAUCCAUAUUUUUAGGGUAUUUUCUCACCUAUUUUCUUUAUUGAUGGGGUAGAGGAGCUUGACUCAGUGUGCUACUGGUUGAAAACUUUGUGGUGAGCUACAUGUUUUUCUUUCAGUGAUUUUAGGCAGUGGUGUGUACAUCUUCAUCAGGUCCACGCGAGCAAAUAUCACAAGAUUUCAAUUUAACUGGGGAUGUUUGGGCCCGAUUUUCCUGUCACUUGUGCUGCUGUAAACCAGAUGCGUCCCUGAUGUGGUGUCAGCAGUGUUUAGCUGGCAUAACAUUGGAGGAAAUGCAAGGAGAAUCUGGCCCGUUAAUUACUGCUCAGUGGACAUAAUAAGGAUGAAGAAAGAAUAAAAACAUUAGAAACUUGAUGAUGGAAUAAAUGUAAUAUUAUUUUUAAUGAUAUUAUUAUUGACAUUUUUAAAGAUAUGAUGUCAUUUACAUGUGGGAAAAUAGUGGACAGAAAUACUUCCACUUAAAUUUUGUGAAUAUGUGUGGUACAUGAGUAUUUCUAUGUAUACGUACACACACAUAUGUAUAUAAAGAACAUGAAAAAAUUUAGAUGUGCACAUUUUUAAUAUUUUCCUAUUGAAAUUAA